CAGGAACGUGCGUUACGCCCGCUUGACAGUGCUUACUCGACUCGACUUGCCUUGAUUGGGGGAGUGGGAGGAGAAGUACAAGUACAAGUACGACUACACGGCAUGUAGCGAUGUGUUGAUUAGGCUUGUUCAUAUUUCAUCGCAUCGCAUCCCAUCUCAACCGCACCGCACCACACCGCGAUCCACGCAUCCCACCCACCCACCAAACCCACCAACAGCCAAAAAAAAAGAAAAGAAAAAGAUGGUGAUAACCUCCCGCUGGCAGAUCCCCACCCCGCGCGUCUCCCUCCCAACCUACAUCUUCGACUCGCCCUCGACCCCGCUCCCCAACAAACCAGCAUUCAUCGACGCCGCCCAGCCCACAAAAUACUUCCUCUCCCUACACGACUACCGCCUAUAUGCCAAGCGCCUGGCCUCCGGUCUACGGCGCGCGGGCCUACAGCCCGGCGACCGCGUACUCCUGUUCUCGGGCAACACGCUGUUCUUCCCGUCGGUAGUAGUCGGCAUCAUGAUGGCGGAGGGCGUGUUCACGGGCGCGAACCCGACGUAUGUAGCGCGCGAGCUGGCGUACCAGAUCCGCGAUUCUGGGGCGAGGUAUUUGAUCUGCGCGGAGGCGGGGCUGGAGACGGGGGUUGCUGCUGCGAGGGAGGCGGGGAUGGGUGCUGAGCGGAUUUUUGUGUUUGACGACGGGGUAGCGACGUUUGAGGGGCGGGGGGAGGGGAAAGAUACGCAGAUCGGGCGGGUGCGGCAUUGGAGUGCGUUGGUGGAUUGUGUGGAGCGCGGGGAGGCGUAUGCGUGGCCUGAGUUGAGGACUGAGGAGGAGCUGGAUCGGGUUGUUGCGCUGAAUUACUCGUCUGGCACGACGGGGAUGGCGAAGGGGGUUAUGAUCACGCAUAGGAAUUAUGUUGCGAAUUGCGCGCAGCAGAUCCAUAUGUCUGCGCUGCAACCGGGGUAUGCGGAGAAAGUCAAGCAUAAGAGGGUGCUGUGCUUUCUGCCCAUGUACCACGCCAUGGCGCAGGCGGCGUUUUGCGUAAACGCGCCUAAGCAGCGGUUGGCGGUGUAUAUGAUGCCCAGGUUCGACUUUCUGCAGAUGCUGCAGAAUGUGCAGAGGUAUCGCAUUACGGAUCUGGUGCUUGUUCCGCCUGUGCUGAUCGCUAUGGCUAAGCACCCUGCGACUAAGACCUUCGAUUUGUCGUCUGUGGCGCAUGUUUCCACGGGCGCGGCGCCGCUGGGCAGGGAGGCGAGCCAGGAGUUUGAACGGCUGUGGCCUGAUGGGUCGAUCAAUGUGAAGCAGGGCUGGGGUAUGACGGAGGUUACAUGCGCGGCGACGACAUUCGAUCCGUCGAAGUACUCGGCGUCCUUUUCGGUGGGCGAGCUGGUGCCGAAUAUCGAGGCGAAGAUUGUGUCGGAUGAGGAGGGCAAGGUGGAAGUCGAGCAGGGUGAGAGGGGCGAGAUCUGGGUCCGCGGGCCGAAUAUCAUGAAGGGGUAUUGGGGGAAGCCUGAGGCUACGCGGGAGACUCUCAAGCCGGACGGGUGGCUGAGGACGGGGGAUGUUGCGUAUGUGGACAAGGAGAACCACUUCUUCAUUGUGGAUCGGAUAAAGGAGUUGAUCAAAGUUAAGGGGCUGCAGGUUGCUCCCGCUGAACUCGAGGCGCUGUUGCUGGACCACCCUGAGGUGCAGGAUGCUGCUGUGAUUGGUGUUGCGGCCAACGGCGACGAGACACCGCGAGCCUACAUUGUGCCCCAACACCCAGACACAGCUACACCUGAACUUGCCGAGAACAUCAAGAACUGGGUUGCAGAGCGAGUAUCGCGACACAAGCGUCUGGAAGGAGGUGUGCACUUUGUCGAGUCGAUCCCCAAGAACCCAUCUGGGAAGAUUCUGAGAAGACACUUGAGAGACAAGGCGGAACUGGAUGCUUCCAAGGCCAAGCUAUAGAUUAGAUGUGCUGACAUAGAUGGGGGUGGUCUUGUGUUGCAUAUUGGUAGACUAGCGUUGUUGUCGCUUUACAGUUAGAGUCCUCGUGGGU